AUGAUAGUAGUGAAUCACAAGAAAGUGAAGAGGAGAAGAGCGUCUUGGAGAUUGAGAAAAAGAAGAAUUUCUCUUACACCGAACGUCUCAGAAGAGCGUCUCAGAGAAAAGCUUGGAGACGCAAAGCUUCAUCUUCAUAUAGGUUGUGUCCCUUUGGUCAAUUAUUCUUUUAUUGGGUCUAAACAUCAAAUCUUUGCGCAGUCUCUUCCGCUGAGUUUCACGCGGGCAAAUGGACUUAACAAGUCAAGGAAGAUAACUCUGUUGGGUGAAGAUGGAGUAAAACAGGUGGUGGAUCUUUUGCAGGAAAACAAAACAGGAAUCCUGCGAUUUGGAAAAGGCUGGAGAUAUUUCUGUGAAGCUAUGGCGUAA